GUGUGAGACCGACGCCCCGCGAGGAGCAUCAGCCAACUAUAAUAACCAUUGGCCCGCGGGACUGAGAAGCACGCGGGACGUGGGGCGGGGAGGGGGGACUUCAAAUAAAAUUCCAGUUUGACCGCAGCUCAUGAAGAGCUGAACCGAGAGCCAACAGGUUGUCAGGAAACCUCAGCUGAGUCUUUGGAUGCAGGGACUUCAUGCGUAAUGACGCUUCCACUGGAUGAUCCUGACUUCAGGACCGACAUGAGCUUGGACCUUACACGCGCAUUUCUGCUGACUUUUAAACUUGUAUCUCUCAGGCCACCAUGGAGAACCCUAACCUGCGAUUAUUCUGCACAUCUUUGACGAGCUUCCCAGAAGUCCUCGCGCGUUUUCAAAGAACCUUUAACUUCUCCAACUACUCUUAGGAUAUGCUGAGCUUGAUUCGCUUCCCACCCAUACUCCAAAAAGUUGAUCAGUAACUUUUAGACAUGCAGAGCCUCAGUGUGGUGAGGGGCUCGGCCGGUCCGUCCGCGGUGCGCUCCUGCCUGCUGCUGCUCUUCAUCCACAUGAGCGCACCGGGGGAGGCGAAGAGAGCGCACGGAGGUCGGGCGCAGACUCGGAGGGUGCAGCAGCAGCAGCAGCAGCAGACUCCGGCUUACAGGGAGCGGGUGGAAGGAGCAGAGAGCUUCCCUUUAGACUUCACAGCAGUGGAGGGUAACAUGGACAACUUCAUGGUGCAGAUUAAGAACCUGGCGCAGUCUCUGUAUCCGUGCUCUGCGCAGAAGCUGGAUCAAGAGAUGAAGUUGCACUUUUUACAGAAUACUUCUGUGACCUGCAAUGACGGGUCACCAGCAGGGUAUUACAUUAAGGAGUCAAAAGGCAGCAAGAGGUGGCUGCUGUUCUUGGAAGGUGGAUGGUACUGUUUCAACAGACAGACCUGUGACAGCAGGUACGAGACCAUGAGGAGACUGAUGAGCUCCACCAAGUGGCCGCAAACCAGAACAGGAACAGGGAUUCUGUCUCCUCAGCCUGAGGAAAACCCUCACUGGUGGAACGCCAACAUGGUGUUCAUCCCAUACUGCUCUAGUGACGUGUGGAGUGGAGCCACACCGAAGACAGAUCAAAGUGAUUACGCCUUCAUGGGCUCUCUGAUUAUUAAGGAGGUAGUGAACGAACUGCUGACCAAAGGUCUGAACAACGCCAAGAUUUUGCUUCUGGCAGGAAGCAGUGCUGGCGGUACAGGCGUCCUGCUGAAUGUGGACCAUGUUGCAGAGCAGCUGAAGUCACAGGGACACAGAGGGGUGCAGGUCCGGGGUCUUGCAGACUCUGGAUGGUUCCUGGACAACAAACAGUACAAGUUCACAGACUGUCUGGACACCAUCAGCUGUGCACCCACUGAGGCCAUAAAGAGAGGCAUCAGGUACUGGGGCGGUCUAGUGGCCGGAGAGCUGCAGACAGGCUCACGUGGGAGAGGAGUGGAACUGUUUCUUUGGAUACAAAGUCUUCCCCACAUUAAAAAGCCCGGUGUUGUGGUGCAGUGGCUGUUUGACGAGGCUCAGCUCACCGUCGACAACAUCCACCUGACCGGGCAGCCAGUGCACGAGGGGCAGUGGAGGUACAUCCAGAACCUGGGACAGGAGCUGAGGAGCACGCUGCAGGAUGUACCGGCGAUGUUUGCUCCGGCCUGUCUCUCACAUGAACUCAUCACUAGAACUCACUGGAAUGACAUUCAGGUGAAAGGCACCUCUCUUCCCAGAGCCCUCCACUGCUGGGACCGCAGCCUCCAAGUUAACAAGCACGCCAACGGCAGCCACAGCAACAACCACCACAGGUCCAGGACCCCACCUUUGAGGGGUUGCCCUCAUCAUUUGAUUGACAGCUGCCCGUGGCCUCACUGUAACCCCACCUGCCCGACGAUCCGCGAUCAGCUGACGGGACAGGAGAUGAGCGUGAUCCAGUUCCUAAAGCACUUGGGUUUCGACGUGCAGAAGAUGGCUCAGGAGCAGGGGAUGGACCCCAGGACGCUACUGGGCAUGCUCAAUAAUGGGAACUGAGUUACUUCUUUCAAGGUGCUGAAUAUAAAUGGAAGACAAGGAGACUUGACAACAAAACUCUGAAGAGAAAUCUGUCAAUUAUUCAGACUUUGUCAUCCAUGAACACCAAACAAGACUGAACCUGCGUGAUGAGUCUGUGGACGAACAGAAUCAAACCAGAGCAUGUCAGCUGUUUCAACACAACAGAAUCAGAUGCUCCUUGUUUUAACGUACUGUAUAGUGGGAUGUAUUCUGUCAAUACACUAUAACACAUUGAAAGAUGUAUAUAAACAGAAAUAUGUAUGUGCAACAUGAAAACGGUUUUGAUGCACAGGUUUGUAUUGUGCUCUCUUGUAAACCCAUCGACAGUGCUGCUGUGUCAAACCUCUGCCAAAUAUGCUGCUUUUCUCAUUUUGAAAAUAUUAAUUUAAUGCGUUAUAAUUACUAAUAAAAGAUGCAAAGAUUAUUUCUCAAUCUUCA